CAUGGCGUGCUACUGUCAUGUGUGGCUCAUUAUGCUAUUUUUCCCAAAAUGUGUUGAAAGAUAGGCGUACACAACUUGAUUGAAAGUGGCUGUUAUCUUUACCUCCCCGCAGGAUUAGUCACAGGAAGUGGUAUUUCGCCAUUUUUCUACUCCAGGAAGGACGAAGUCGGUGUCUUCAGACAAAUACUUUUGAGAUUUGAGGGUAAUUACGUAGUUUAUGUGUAGUAGAUUAUCCCAUAAAGUUAUGAAGUUUUAGCUUAUAAAGUACUUCACAGGAGUGUUUGUUGUUUUAAUAUAAAACUGACUGAAACAAGAUGCCAACUAUACGCCGAACACUAAAAAAUGUGGUUAAGAAUUACUCUGACGCUCAAGUUAAGGUCCGGGAGGCCACCUCCAAUGACCCAUGGGGUCCGUCAAGUACUCUCAUGUCAGAAAUUGCAGACUUGACAUACAAUGUGGUGGCUUUCACGGAAAUUAUGCAGAUGGUGUGGAAGCGUUUAAACGAUGAUGGCAAGAACUGGCGACAUGUGUAUAAAUCAUUGAUGGUACUAGACUACAUUAUUAAAACUGGUAGUGAGAAAGUAGCACAGCAAUGCAAGGAAAAUUUUCACGCUGUGAAAACUUUGACCAGUUUUCAAUACAUUGAUGCUGGAAACAAGGACCAAGGGAUGAAUGUGAGAGAAAAGGCAAAGCAGCUCGUGGCACUUCUCUCUGAUGAUGAACGUUUAAAAAAUGAACGUGCAAAGGCUCUUAAAGCCAAAGAACGUUUUGCACAAAGUGCUAUGGGUGUAGGAAGUACAGGAGGGGACAAGACUAGAUUUGAAGCAGGCAGUCCAACCCUCCAUGGUUAUGCUGACCCUUAUGGUGGUGCAACAGGCUCAGGAUAUGAUGAUGCUGUUUCAGUGUCGCCGACCAGUGGCGGGAGUGGGAGCCGGCGUAUGUCUGUUGAGCUUGACCACGCUCGACCAGCGUCCGUCGGGGAAGAGGAACUCCAGCUGCAGCUGGCUCUCGCCAUGAGCAAGGAGGAACACGACGAGGAACUACGCAAGCAGAAGUCGGACGAUAUUAAACUGCAAAUGGCCCUUGAUGAGAGUCGCAAGCAUGCUGAUGAGGAACAAAAGAAGAGUAACAAUAGAGUAAUCAUUAAACCACCUGCUGGAGGAAAGAAGACUCACAACCCAGGCUUGCUGAACUUAUCGGAUGGGGGGCGGAAAGCAACAGCCGAUCCCUGGGGGGUGCCUCUACAUCAGAAACAGGAGCCAACGGAUCCCUGGGGAGGCCCACUGCCUGGCCCAGGGGCACCCAAAAUACACGCUGCCUCACCCGUACCAGCUGACCAAUGGGCAUCACCUGCAGGGUCCCGGCCAUCUCAACCGACUCCUCCCAUUCACAAUAUUGACCCCUGGGGAGCACCAACCGUGAGCCCAGCCAGAUCUACACCUCAGUCAGGGUCCACUCCUGGAUCUCAACCAGAUGCCUGGGGAGUAAGCCCUGGCCCACAGAGCUCGCCCUGGGGGUCCCCAGCCCCACCCCAGCAAACCGCUAGUAUGGAUCCCUUUGGGUCUCCAGCAGCACCAAUAACCACCACUAAUGGCACCAACAAUAUCGAUGAAGCAUUUGACCUGCUGAGCUCUCGGAGCACCGAAGGAUCACCGGCCAAAUCAGCUGGUUCUUCUGCAGCUCAGGCCUUUGACCCAUUAGUGGACUCCAGUGCAAGCGAUGGUGCAUGGAACAUGGGAAUCCUUAACCAGAAUCUACCACAAGAAAAGAAAAAAUCUGCUCAUGAUUUUCUUGGCCAGCAUACUGGGCUAGUUAAUUUAGAUGAACUUGUAUCGAAGCCUGCACCCAAAGGUAAUAACCCAUUUGCUGCACCAUCAGCCAGUAACCCAUUUGAACAGCCCGUCACACGAGUACCCAUGAACCAACUACAGAACACGGCACCUGGUUUCACACAGCCUGUUAAUUCUGGACUCCUGCCCUCCCCUCUCAUUCCAGUGAACACAGCCCACCAGCCCAUGCAGCCACAACAACAAAGUUACAACCCCUUCUUAUGAGGAACGGUCCACUCUCAGCGGAUGGGAGGCUAAGAUAUCAAAGUUACGUGUUGCUCCAGUAUUCAAGAGGUCUGGAGCUCGGCAGAUCUGAAUGUAUAUUUCUUGAACAAAAAAUUGUACAUUUAUGUUUUAAGGUAUAUAAGGUGUGACCCCUGUGUCUGAUCAGUGUCUAACAUUUAUCAAUAUAACCGGGGAGAUAUGCCUGUGUUGGGUAGACCUAGCAGACUUGCUGCAUGAAGAUCUCGAAACAAUACACAGGAAAAACUUCACCCCUCCAAUUUCUUCGUCUAUAAUUUAUACCAGUGAUAUUAGGAUAGCAUUGACUGUAUUCUGUACUAGUUAGUUUGACCCUCAGCUUCAUUCGUCGCCCUUGUUUCUACAGGCAGUUUGCUUUUGUGUGAAAACAACUCUGCAGUUUAAGUGUAAAAAAUACAUCAUAAAAUCAACAAUAAUCCCUUCAUUGUUCUUAAUCCCCCAUACUGACCGCUCUUUUGAUAUUUAUGUAUAUUGUGUAUGCAAAUUUCACUUCAUUAAGUUGUGCACAGUUUGUCUUUUCAGACUUGCUAUAUAUAAUUUUCAUUUGAAUAUUUUGUAAGAGGAAAUGCUUGUCGAAGUUAUUGCUUACACCAUACACCUGUGUUAUGGCAAUACUAUUUACGUUAAUAAUAGCAUAAGAACAGAAUCGGUUGUUCUAUCAAGCAUGCGAUAAUCACUAAUGUUCUAUAUAUUUGUUACAGUCUGCAUUCAAGGAACCCUAUAACCAUGACCAUGUUUGAUGCAUCGUCUACAAUAUGUAGAUAUUUCAUAUCAAAAUUAGUACCGGGGUAUUAGAAAAAAUACAGGAGUGUUACUCAAUGUCUAUCAGUGAAUGAAGAGAACAGAUUUGUUUGAUAUACCUGACAGCUUUCAUUGUACUGGGAUGAGUGAAGAAUGAGUGAGUGGGUGAGUGAGUGAAUGAAUGAAUCAGGUUACUGAUGGAAACCAAGUUUGAUUUGGUCACAAAUACCAAGGCAAGGUGUAUGUGUAUUGUACAACUAUGUAACAAUACGGUCUUUCAAGGGAAUGCCUAGCUUUCGCCUAUGUGGUAGAGUAAGAGCUGGAUGUUCUAUAAGAAUAUUUUUGUAGGUGGUACUGAUACAAUUUGCUGCAGAUAAUCUAUAAGAACAGCAUCGCUGUGGUGCGUACAAUCAAUAUGUAUUAGCCAAAGGGAUGUAACAGUUGUUUCGUAAGAUUACCAUGAUUAUUUUUGUAGUUGCAUUUAAUAAUUGUCAUCCAAUUUACACACGAGAAGGCGCGUUGAAAAUAUGUCUAAGUAUAAGGGGUAAAUAUAAUCAGAAGCGAUUUCAAAUACACAAGAACUGCAUCUUAUGUUCGAAUUAAGUUUUGACCAAAUAUAUUGGUAACAUGCUACAAAAUUUAACUAGUACAGGUCAGUAUGCUUAUGUGCUUGAGUAUGAUAUGUAAGCAUGGAUUGACAGCAAUAUGUGUUAAGUCAGUAUUGAUCCUGGUUCUGCUUGAAUGGCUGGGAUUCCCUGAUGUUGCAUGAAGCAAUAUUGACAGCUUGCCUGGCAUUAUGUCUUGUGUCGAGUAAUUGCAUGGAGCUGUUGUCCAAACACGUUGGCUGUUAUUGCACAAGACAGAGGCCUUAUCUUCUUCAUCUUCUUGCAGAUGUUGAGCAUGCUAUUUAUUCAGUUUCGUCUAUAUGUGUAUUCAUAAACUGUGUGAUGGUUAUUACACUAGGAGUUGAUGUGUAAUUCAAAUGAACAGCUGCAUAGUCAUUUCAGGAGAGUCUCUGGGUUGGACUGUCCCGUGAGAGGAAACAUCUAGUCCUUGUAUUUCGCUCAUCUCAGGACUUUUUUCUCGGCUAUCCAUCCGUAACACUAUCUGGCUGAACGAAGGGGCUAAAUGUGGAAUAAGAAUUACCAUUUUCAGACUACAGCAUGUAGAAAUAGUGCUUCUCUAUUUAUUUAUGACUGUAUGUUUGGUUGGUAUCGUAGGUGUUAUGUUAACCAGGAAUAUUGUAUAGUCCUUUCACUACGUUCCGAUCUUUCAGCACCACAUAAAACUAGUUUUUGCACAGACAGGUGAUGUUUGUCUUGAAUCAUCCAGUUCAGUUCUUGUGAAUGUUGUCUUUUGUUUUGGAGAUUCUGUCUGGCUAUGCAGCUUAUGGCAUUACUGAGAUUCUCAGACAAUAUUUGUUUUGGCAGCACGUUUUGUAUUAUAAACAGAAUGAAAGGAUCUGAAAGAUCAGCGAAAA